AUCAAGUAGCCACCAUAAUCCCUGCGCACAGCACCACUAUCACCUCGGGACUCCACCGUUUCCACUUCAACGCGAAUUCACCGAGCGCUUUCACCUGCGCUAUAACCCUCUCUCUCUCUCUCUCUCUCUCAAAUUGGAAGCCGAAUCCUACACUUGAAUCUCCGAAACGCGUUUCUGUUCUCUAUCGAAAGAAGGUGUUGUUCUCUAUCUCUGCACCGAGUCGCGGCAAUGGGAUUAGGGUUAGGGUAGCUCUUCGCGAUUCUCGAUCAUUUUUGUUGAUGCCUCGCGUGCGAGUUGGUGUAUUCUUGUCGUGGCAGUAGAAGUUUUUGCUCAUUGAUAAUUUAGGUUUUUGGUUAUCGAUAUGUCCAAUACUUCGAGGGGUCGAGUUACCAUUACUCUUGGGCGGAGCGGUCAGGUUGUGAAGAGGGAUAUAUCUGCUGCAGAUGUUUCUUUUUCUUCUUCUGUUCACUCAGCUGGGACUAAGCGUUCUAUAAGAGACAGAAUUGGAAAUAAUGCAGAUAGUUCCAUGUGGCAUGGAAAUGGACUCAGCAGCAGUAAACGGCAGCGAGGAGAUAUGAGCGUGCAAAAUGGGCUGGAUGGUAAUGGCCGUAUUGGCAAAGAUGAUCUCCGGUUGAAGCUCAUGCAAAAAAGUGCUUUUAGGCGGGCUGAGAGCAAUGGCAAUAAGAGACAAAUGGACCUCCGUGAAAAACUGUCAAAGGCAGUUCACCCUCCGACGAACAGUGUUAAUUCAAAGCAGCACGUACCUGAACCGAGGGAAACAAGCUUGCUGAGGCAAAUUCCCUCAGCUAGAAGUUCUGAUGAAUUAAUGCGUGUAGAAUCCAUGAGAAGCUCAUACUCUCCUUGGACAUUGGAUCAUAUUAGGCGAAGAUCACCAGAUGGGUUUCCAAGUACUUCCCAGGUGAUUUCUCCCUCAAGAAAUGUCGAAGACCUACGUAGAAGGCCAUUAAACAGGACAUUUGAUGGCGUCAGAUCAGUUUCAUAUGUAACUAGGGAUGUUCUUGAAGCUUCGAGGCCUCCAACAACUGCAACUGCAUCAUUCAUGUCACGCCCCACGAUAUCCACAUUGCCUCCGGUAACUGCUAAGCCUCAUCUUGGCCAACUUCCUCCAUCAAGCAGUGUUGCUCAAAGGGCUUCAUAUGUGGGUGACGAACAGCAAUCACAUCAAACUGUUGAUGACCUGUUAUCUGCACUCGGACUAGGAAAAUAUGCCAUCCUCUUCAAGGCUGAGGAAGUGGAUAUGACUGCAUUGAAGCAGAUGGGGGAAAAUGACCUCAAAGAGCUUGGAAUUCCUAUGGGUCCAAGGAAAAAAAUUCUUCUCGCUCUCUUACCUCGUACCAAACGUCAACAGUGAUUGCUAUCUAUCCUGCUUGAUACCGAAACUGACACUUGGUUAAAUCACCAGGUUUUUUUUUGUUUUUUUAUUUUUAUUUUGAGUGAUGGUAAAGUACACAUCUGAGAAUUCUUACAGUGUAACAUGCUUUCUCCCGUAUGGGGUUCAAGCUUCCCUUGUAUCCACUGUCGCAUUUUGCAUUCAAGAACGAGUAUCGAUUAAAUUUUUUUCUAGGUGGAAAUAUUGAUCUGUAAUAUAUUAUGUCUAUGGUUUUCCCUUUUAUUUUUAUCGAAAGAAAUAGGAAAUGGGAUGAAUUUAUCCCGAGCCAAUGUUUAUCGAUAGGUAACAUUUUCUAUACGAAAGU